AAUGAUAAAGGAAGUGGUGAUCAAUCUGCAGCACAGCGCAGAAGUCAGAUGGACCGAUUGGAUCGAGAAGAAGCUUUCUAUCAAUUUGUAAAUAACUUGAGUGAAGAAGAUUAUAGGCUUAUGAGAGAUAACAAUUUGCUAGGCACCCCAGGAGAAAGUACAGAGGAAGAGUUGCUGAGAAGACUACAACAAAUUAAAGAGGGUCUACCACCACAAAACUCAGAUGAAAAUAGAGGUGGUGAUUCUUCAGAGGAUGAGUCUAAUGGUGGCUCUAUAAUAGACUGGCUUAAUUCUGUCAGACAAACUGGAAAUACAACAAGAAGUGGGCAAAGAGGAAACCAAUCUUGGAGAGCUGUGAGCCAGACUAAUCCAAACAGUGGUGAUUUCAGAUUCAGUUUAGAGAUAAAUGUUAACCGUAAUAAUGGGAGCCAAAACCCAGAGAAUGAAAAUGAGCCAUCUUCAAGACGUUCUGGUGGAGAAAUUACAGAAAACAAUAGCCAAAGGCCAGUGGAAAAUCCACGAUUUGAAGCAACAUCUGCAAGACCAUCUAGAUCAGAACGAAAUUCAACUGAAACAUUAACAACAGAAAUCCCACCUGCUAGAGGUCAGAGGAGGGCAAGAAGUAGGAGCCCAGACCAUCGGAGAACCAGAGCCAGAGCUGAAAGAAGUAGGUCACCUCUGUAUCCAAUGAGUGAAAUUCCACAAAGAUCUCAUCAUAGUAUUUCAUCUCAAACUUUUGAGCACCCUUUAGUAAAUGAGACCGAGGGAAGUUCUAGAACCCGGCACCAUGUGACAUUGAGACAACAAAUAACUGGGCCUGAGCUGUUAAGUAGAGGUCUUUUUGCAGCUUCUGGAACAAGAAAUACCUCUCAAGGAGCAGGUUCUUCAGACACAGCCAUCAGUGGUGAAUCUACAGGAUCAGGACAGAGACCUCCAACCAUAGUCCUUGAUCUUCAAGUCAGAAGAGUUCGUCCUGGAGAAUAUAGACAGAGAGAUAGCAUAGCUAGUAGAAGUCUGUCGAGGUCUCAGACACCAAAUAGCACUGUUACUUAUGAAAGUGAACGAGGAGGUUUUAGGCGUACAUUUUCACGUUCUGAGCGGGCAGGUGUGAGAACCUACGUCAGGACCAUCAGGAUUCCCAUUCAUAGAAUUUUAAAUACUGGUUUAAGUGAGACUACAUCUGUUGCAAUUCAGACCAUGUUACGGCAGAUAAUGACAGGUUUUGGUGAGUGAAGCUACUUUAUGUACAGUGAUAGUGAUUCAGAACCUAGUGGCUCGGUCCCAAGUGGAAAUACGGAAAGGGUAGAGUCAUGGAAUGGAAGAAGGAGUUCUGGUGGUGGUAGCCGUUCUGGUUCCAGUUCAAGUUCCAGUUCCAGUUCAGGUUCCAGUCCUAGUUCCAGCUCCAGUGGCGAAAAUUCAGAAACUAGCUCAGAGUUAUUUGAAGGCAGUAAUGAAGGAAGCUCUUCAGGUGCCAGGCAAGAGGGUCGACAAAGGGCCCCAGUCACAUUUGAUGAAAGUGGCUCUUUACCCUUUCUUAGUCUGGCUCAGUUUUUCCCCUUAAAUGAGGAUGACGAUGACCAACCCAGAGGACUCACCAAAGAACAGAUUGACAACUUGCCAAUGAGAAGUUUUGGUGAAAACGAUGCAUUAAAAACCUGUAGUGUUUGCAUUACAGAAUAUACAGAAGGCAACAAACUUCGUAAACUACCUUGUUCUCAUGAGUACCAUGCCCACUGCAUCGAUCGCUGGUUAUCUGAGAAUUCUACCUGUCCCAUUUGUCACAGAGCAGUCUUACCUUCUGGUAACAGAGAAGGUGCUGUGUAAUUAACAUCUGAACUCUCAGCUAUGUAGCUGGUGUAGUGAUGGGCAAACAGGAAUCACUUGCUUUAUGUCCACUUUUUGAGUGGUGCUUAGCUUAAAUGUAAAGUAACAACUGAAUUGAGUCAUUUCUUUCUGAAUCAUGUCCUUCAGUUUCCGUUUCAGAAUAAAAAGAAAUAUUUAAAAAAAUUUUAGAACCUAAAAAUCUGAUUCCAAUACCAGUUGAAUUGGUAGCAUCUCUGUUACCAAUAAUUUAUACUUGUAAGUUUCUCUUUUGUUAUCUUAAAAGAUCUGCCUUAGCAAGGGCUCCUGUCUGUUUCAUGCUGAUCUUUAAUAUUUCCCAUGCCAUGGGAGAGAGAGAGGUUAAGGAAGUUCCCAGAGAAGACUAAGUUAUAUGUGUUUCAUAAGUGAUUACUUAAAGUUAUGCCAUUCCUAGUUAUUAGUUGACCCAGAUUCAGCCACACUCUGAAUAUUUGUUCACCUUUCAGACUCGGUGAUACUGGACAUGUCAGUGUAAAUAACACUAAAAAUAGAAUUUUCUAAGUGUAUGACUGUCUCCUAAGCCCAUUACUGUGGCACACUAUAGAGUGAGCUUAUAGUUUGAGAUAUUUAUCUUGAGGAAAUAUUAAAAAGCCUACGCUUGUGUAUGUGAAGAAAUCACAUUCAUUUGUUUAAAGAUGUAAAGCUAUUUUGUUAAGGCUCAGUACUUUUCCAAUGCACUGUUGUAUUGAUGCAUUAAAAAUUGUAAAGUACCAUGCUUAGAAAUGAGAAAACUGCUUUUUGUGAACAAACAUAGUAAAAAACACACCAAAAAAAAGAAACAAGCCUUGGGACUUUUCAUAGUACUAGUCCUAUAACAUCCUUCAAAAAGUGGUCAUUUGACUUUUAAAAAUUCUUACUUGUUAGUGAUUAUAUAUUCUUUGGAAACAUUAUUAUAAAGUUCUUUGAACAACAAGCUCUCUUUGUGAAUUUAAAAUCUGAUUUACACUUGGGUUUGCAGGAGCACAGCAUAAUACAUAGUAUGAUACACCUUGCUGAUUUGCUUAGCAGACUUUUUUCACAAAUGGUGUAAUGGUAUC